AUGGCAUCAUCUUCGAUAACGGUUAAACUAGUUUUAAUUGGAGAAAGCGGUGCCGGAAAGACUAGUCUUCGAAAUCAAUACUUACAUAAUAGAUUCAAUAAUUAUUAUAAAUCGACAAUAGGGGCUGACUUUUAUUCAAAAAAGAUUCAAGUGGGAUCGACCCAAGUAAAUUUAAUGAUUUGGGAUACAGCUGGUCAAGAGAGAUUCGCAAGUCUAUCAAACGCUUUUAUUCGAGGAGCAGACGCUUGUUUAUUAGUCUUUGACGCUACCAAAGCACCAAAUUUAGAAACAUUAAGACACUGGUUUGAAACAUUUAGGUCAAACUCGCCGGUGUUUGAUAAUGAUCUAAAUGAUUUUUGUUUGACUGCUAUUGGGAAUAAGAUUGAUGCGAUUGAUUGCAAUUCAUUUAAUUCAGAAGACUAUUUAGAUACUAUCAAGUUCUUACAUCCCAAUUCAAACCAAUUUAAGUCACCCAGAGGUGUCAUUAGUAGUACACCGAAAGCUAUACCAAAUAGAAUGUUCAAUGAGGACAGUAACGAUCAAUUUAUAUCGUCUAAUAAUACAAAUACUAGGAAUACAAUUUAUUAUACCCCAUCAUCUUCGUUUGAUACACCAAGUACAAUAGAGCCUUCACCAAUACGAUUGAAUAGCCAAAACGAUAAUGAUCGAAAUGAGAAUACAGAUAGCGAUGAUUAUAACAUAAACGAUAAUGACUAUGGUUUUAAACUAUUUUGGACAUCUGCAAAGACAGGCGACGGUGUAGAUCAAGUUUUUGAUACAUAA